AAAGGAUGACACCUCUGAGGCAAUAGAAAAUGGGGGAGGGGUAGGAGAGUCAGGCAUGCCAUUUAGAGAGAGGGAGAAAGAGAGAGAGGACAGGAAGCGAGGGUAGAGGGAAGGAGAGGCACAGCGGAGCAUCGUCUGCUGUGCUGGAGGAGAGCACCGGCUGAGGGGAUUGGCUGUGUGAGCCUGUGACAUCACUGACUGUGAGGGAGAGCUUCAAGGAUGCUCCGCAGAUCUGGGAGGAAGCACAUUCGGUAGGAGUUUGCUCUGAGACCUUGACCGCACACUCAGUACCAGGAACCCUCUGCAGAACAGUUCUCCCCCCCCCCAGCGCUCGUCGACUCCUCUGCUGCCAUGAAUUAUUUGCGUCGCCGUCUCUCCGACAGCACCUUCAUCUCCAACCUGCCCAAUGGCUACAUGACGGACCUCCAGAGGCCUGACCCCGCGCAGCCUCCCCCGCCUGCUUCCUCCGCCCCGGCAAAGUCCCCCACAGCCGUGCCCCCAGCCGGGCCCACGCCACCGGCCACGUCCCCCGCUCCAGAGAGGAAACCUCAGCCGGCGCAGACCACCGGAGCAGGCUUCUUCAGCUCCAUCACAAACGCUGUGAAGCAGACCGCUGCCUCAGCAGGGCUCGUGGAGCAGACCCAAGUCACGACACCAAAGAAGUUUAAGAUUCUCCUUGUUAUUGACGAACCACAGCAGGAGUGGGCAAAAUUAUUCAGAGGAAAGAAAUUACUUGGGGAUUAUGAUAUCAAAGUGGAACAGGCUGAAUUCAGUGAGAUCAACGUGGUGGCUCAUGCCAAUGGAAACUGCCUCGUUAACAUGCAGGUUCUUAGAAAUGGUACCAAGGUUGUCAGGUCCUUCAAGCCAGACUUUGUCCUCAUUCGUCAGCAUGCCUUCAGUAUGACCCAGAAUGAGGACUUUCGGAACAUGAUCAUCGGUCUGCAGUACGGUGGUGUCCCAAGCAUCAACUCCCUCGAGUCCAUCUACAACCUGUGUGACAAGCCAUGGGCGUUUGCUCAGCUUAUCAACACCUGCAGGAAGUUGGGUGCUGAGAAGUUUCCUCUCAUUGAGCAGACCUUUUACCCAAACUAUAAGGAGAUGGUGAGCAUGCCAUCAUUUCCUGUUGUUGUGAAGAUUGGACAUGCCCACUCUGGUAUUGGAAAGGUGAAGGUGGACAAUCAUAGUAAGUUCCAGGACAUAGCCAGUGUCGUGGCUCUCACGCAGACCUACACCACCACAGAGCCUCUAAUCGACUCCAAGUACGACAUCAGAAUUCAGAAGAUUGGCACCGACUACAAAGCAUACAUGAGAACAUCCAUAUCUGGUAACUGGAAAACCAACACAGGCUCAGCCAUGCUGGAACAGGUGGCCAUGACUGACAGAUACAAGCUGUGGGUGGACACCUGCUCAGAGAUUUUUGGGGGUCUGGAGAUUUGUGCAAUCAAAGCUAUCCAUGGGAAAGAUGGCAGAGAUUAUAUCACAGAGGUUGUGGGCUCUUCCAUGCCUCUUGUGGGGGAACACCAGGCUGAAGACCGGCAGCUCAUCACUGACUUGGUCUUGGCCAAAAUGAACCAGGCAGUUGAGAAGGAAGCUAACACUCCCCAGAGACCCACCACUAUACAACCAUCCCAGGGAGCCGGGCAGAAGGGAGAGAUGAUUGGUGAGCCCGGCAAGAACGGUGCUGGACGCCCACCUCAAGGUUGUCUGCAGUACAUCCUCGACUGUAAUGGCGUCGCAGUGGGUCCAAAACCAGUCCAGGCCAACUGAAUGACCCAAGAGAGGUGUAGUCUGGGAGUCUAGAUAUCAAUGCAUAGCUGAACACAAGUGCUGAAGUGUUUGUGGAGGCUGAGAGCUGGGAACAGGUUGGUGGCGUGAGCUCAGCACAGCUGUGAGCUGGCCUGGACUGUGUUUUUAACUCUAUGCAGUGUCAAAAUGUACUGUCAACCGUUGACCUGUUGAUUUGUGUGCUUGUAUUGGUCACCUGUGUUUCGGUCGCUGUGGUUUUUCUUUGGGGCUGUCGUUGAUGAUGUGUAAAAAAAAAUUGUGCCUAUGCUAAGUUCAGUGCUGCUCUGUGCUAUCUGUUUGACCCGGCUAUGAAUCUUUAAUUUACCCACCAACACCCUGUCUUUUUAAUCUUUUAUUUCGACAUGUACCCCUGGAUAUUGUUCGAACUGUGGCCAACCAUGCAGUUUGAACUUCGUGUAUAUCUUAACAUGUAGUCGAUAAGUGGGUGUGCGUGUGGCUGUGGUGGUGAUUAUUUUCAUACUUGUAGUAAUAGAUAUUUAUUUUUUGGUUUUGCAUGAUUGAUUCAAAGGCAGGUGCAAAUCAGUUCUAAGCGUCUGAUCAAGUGAAAUGUUUUUUUGCUGUUUUUAUCAAAGCUGUGUUCGCUGUGAUUCAUGCAUUGUGAAUGUGUAAUAAGAGAUUGAUAUUAUAAGUGCAGACAUAUACAAUACAUACAGUAUUUUGCCUUUUUUAGAUUUAAUCUCCCCAUCUAUAAUAAUGUCACCGUAUCCCUGUGGAAAAGCAAAUAGAGAGUGAUUUAAUAUAGGUAGAGGGCAGUAUAAUAAAAGUUCAAAUAAAGGAUUUUACUAAAGAUUUUAUCUAGAAGGAUGUGCAGGUGUCUACACAUAACAUAGAUAUGUUUAUAUAAUUUUUCAACCAAAGAGGAUGUUAUUUAUUUUCUGAAAAGUCUUUGCACUUCAGUAACCUUUAGUGUAAAUACCAGUGAGGGAACUGUUUAUCCUGCACUUAGAUAUUGUGCAUUUUCAUGGAAGUAGUGGUCCAACAUCAUGAUUAUGUUUUCAAAAAGCCUGUCUUGGAAAUGAUGGCGUCGUUCAAGCUGUUGUUUUUUUCUGUUCUGAGAAAGCAGACAUUAUUUCUAAUCAUCAAAUGAUCUUGUGUAAUGUUUUAUCUGCCACAAAGCGCAAGACAAAAAGUCUCCCCACACGCUGUAACACUCACUCUGGACAUCAGCUAUAUAGAGGUGUUACCAUGACAACAGUGUGAGUGCUCUACGGUUUUGUGUGGACUCGUUUCCUUCUGCUGUGCUCAUUUGACUGCCAUUCCUGAAAGAAAUUGCAAUGAAAGUGCAAUACCUGUUUUCUUUCUUUCAAUUCAGCAAUGUAAUAAGAUGAAAAUCUGAUCUUCCAGUGAACGCAUUCAGAAAGCUAUAGUCAUCCACACAAUUAAUUGUUUUAAAACAGGCUUUUUUUUCUUUUUACUCUCAAAUAACUAUCACUUGCUGUCGUUCAGUGGUUUGUGUGAACGCCAUGCCUUUUUUUAUAUUUCCCUAAAUGGCGAAACAGCUAAAAAGCAACCAAAUUAAUUGUAAAAAGAAAUCAAUACAGUCAUCCAAGAAUUUUUUGUUACUCUAGAAUAUAAAUUGUUCCGCAAGUUCUCUGUGCAAUUAUUUUCUAAGUUGUAGAAAGUGCAAUUGUACCCGUGAGUGUGUCCUUGUAGAAGCCAUGCCUGAGGCUCUAUGGAUGUGUUGUUCUGUUUAAUAGGAAAUAUGCCAUGACUUUGUUCUCCAAUGGAAGAAUGUGCAGAAGUACCCAAGUCAUGGAUAGAUGUGUGGUUUUUGCUCACUGGGCAUUGAUGCCUACUGUGUUGAGGUGAAACUCGUCUCUGUCGACCUGGUUUACUGUAACUAUUAACAGCUGUGGUACUUUUAAAACCAGUGUUGGUCUGUUUAACUCAAGAUCGUAAUACAAUGAGGAAUCGUGGGGAAAAAUCCAUCUGUCAAUGGCAAUAAAGCUUCUUUGCAAUAUA